ACCGUCCCGCUAGGUGGCAACCGCUGUGUGUUUCUUCGAUGAGACAAGGAUGGUAUUUUGGGGGCCGCCGUCCCUGUUACGUCUACUUAUCUCUCUACAUGCUUUGGUGCAAUGGCUGGGCGUCUUUCGCAGCAAACCAGACUCUAAGGCAGGAAUGAUAAUUGUGUGGUUUCGUUCGUCACCCGAGCUGCAAGCUGUCACUGCCAGCCACACGCCAGGUGACGCAGCAUCGAAGGAAUCCGGAGAAUCUUCCGACGGUCACGAUGGUGAUUCAGCCGCAUCCGAAAACCCCGAAGACGUGUCCGAGUCGAGCCGCAGACAAGGGACCUCCGGUGUGGCACCACUGACAUCUCCAGAGGACGAAGGAUCGCGUUCCACGCUUGCCCGAAGGUUAGAGAAGGAGCUAGCGCAACUACGAGCUCAACGGCGUAGGGUUCCAACGUAA